AGCGCUGGAGAACAACUUGGCAUGGCGCCUGAUCGCUGCUCGGCGACCCCUGCAGAUUUGCAGCGAGAUCGGAGUGGAUGAGGAUCACAAGGACCUCCACCAAGAUAUCGACGCCUUCCCGUAUCGGAUCUUCCAUGGAAACGUGGAUGCACGGAUCCUUCACUGUCUCAAAGAUUGCCGGCUGGCUCCACAGGUUCGUCUCAGUGAAGCUCUGAGUGUUCAGAAAGCCGAAGAUUUGGAAGCAUCAUUUUACCGUGAUACUUCUUAUGCACUUGCAGUCAGCAAAAUCACUGGUGAUUUGAUUGCAUUGCUGCUAACGGUCAAUGUGAAGAAUGUGUCCGGCAUCUUUUGUAGCGACAUGACCUUGAUGGAAUUUGUGGAAGUCUUCACCUUGGUGGACAACAUGCCGAAGUGUCGAUCGAUCGGUCAGACCCAUCCCGAUUCCUUGCAGCAAAUCGAAGGAAUGGGAGAAAUUGCAGCUCUACCGCUGUCCGCGCUGCUUUCGGUGCAUCUUCUGGCACGGGAUCUCUAUGCAUUGACGGCAGGGGCUUCCAUCCAAACACGAGACACGGGUGAGGAGUACACAGCUUCCUGGGAGCUCCCGGAGAGUCUUCGAAGUCAUCUGGAGGAGUUGAAAGAGGAAUGUCCAGAGGUUUUGGCCAUGAUCUGCCGCUUGGUCGCUCGUUGUGUCUACUUGGCUGUUGACUUACCCGUGGCCAUCCUUGCAAGUGAAGACGAUGAGCCAAAAGAUCCACAUCCACUCGCCAGCUUAGUGAAGGAAAUGGAUAUUGUGGAUGAAUUGGAAGCACUUUGUGAAGGAAAAGGAGAGAAUGUGAAGCAGCUCCUUCUGCAACCUGUGCCGGCUGAUCUGAAAUGCUGGAGUCCUUGGAAGGAAGGACAUGUCAUCGCAGCACUCAAGGAGUACACUACUUGGUGGUCCCAAAUCCGUGGUCCCUUUCUGGCAGCCCCCACAGGGACGUCGGUGUCCAUGGCAGCAGAUCCGGCUGUGGAUGGUGGCAUGGUCAAGGGUUGGGUUUCUGUGGAAUGGCGACAACCCACUUUUGGCACAGCAAGUGCAAAAAAGGCCACCAGAAUGUCAGCUGUGGCUCAGGAAGAAAGUCACGACUCAGACUCGAGUGACUCAGAUGACGACGAGUGGGAACUGAUCAGUGGAACAAAGACGCCUGAUUCAGCUGCAUCUGCUGCAUCUGCUGCACCUGCCACGCAAAAUAACACGUCGAACACGUCGAACAGCAUCGGUGCCAAAGGAGAGGUGCCACGAACACAGGCCGCUCCUGCCCUUGGAAGUCGACCUCCGGUAGCUCAAGGUGUGCAUCAAGCGCUGGAAUUGCAAGGUUCAGAUUUUGUCCGAGAUGUCCUUCAAAGAUUCAUGGAUAGCAGACGCACAAGACAAUCUUCUCGAGUCGUAAUUCGCAACGAAGUGGCUGAGAGUUUGGCACUCGCAUGGGAGAAUGAAAGUGACAUGGGAGAGGUCCUUGAAUCGUUGCUUGCGGUACUUGGUGAGAGCUUGGAGCUUGAAGGAAGACCAGUGUUGGUCGCUCAGUUUCGCGAGUACUUUGCCAAGCAGCAGAAACGCGACAACACGCCCCACAACUUUGGCCUGCCAGAGCUGUCUCACCUUCAAAGAUGCAUUUUGAGGGCCAAGAGCUGGACUCUCCAGAGAUCCCCAUCGGAUGGGCACUGCCAAUUCCAUGCCGUUGGAUAUGCCGUGAACGAAUCCCACCAGCGAGUCCGAGCAAACGCGCUGCAGUGGAUGAAGGACCACAGAGCCGACUGCGAAGCCUUCGUUCUACAGGAUGAGAAGGCCAACAAAGAACACGCCUUCGAUGAGUUCCUCCAGGGCAUUGCAGGUAUUGACUGGGGAAACAAUUUGACUUUGUACGCGCUUGCUCACCACUACAAGCGGGAGAUUUGCGUGCUGACAGACAAUGUGAUCAAUCCUUGGUUGCGGAUUGAACCAACCUUUGGCAAUCCAAUCCAUGUCGUCUUUUAUGCAGAACUCCACUAUGAUGCUGUACAGAUGAGAGCAUGAUAAGAUUUGGACCUCAAGGCAAAACCUUUUC